AUGGGCGAGUCGGACGACGAGGCGCCGGUCCCGCGCCGCCGGCCGGCCAAGCCAGAGGCGAGGGCCGUGGAGCUAUGCCGGCAGGCGGCGGAGCAGGGAGACGCGCGGGCGCAAGGCCGCCUCGGCCUCAUGUACGCCGUGGGCCGCGGCGGGCUGGCGAAGGACGAGGCGAGGGCCGUGGAGCUGUGGCGGCAGGCGGCGGAGCAGGGAGACGCGGACGCGCAGUUCCACCUCGGCUUCAUGUACGAGGCGGGCCGCGGCGGGCUGGCAAAGGACGAGGCGAAGGCCGUGGAGCUGUGGCGGCAGGCGGCGGAGCAGGGAGACGCGCAGGCGCAGUUCCGCCUCGGCGUCAUGUACGAGGCGGGCCGCGGCGGGCUGGCAAAGGACGAGGUGAGGGCUGCGGAGUUGUGGCGGCAGGCGGCGGAGCAGGGAGAGGCGCGGGCGCAGUUCCGCCUCGGCGUCAUGUACGAGGCGGGCCGCGGCGGGCUGGCAAAGGACGAGGCGAGGGCCGUGGAGCUGUGGCGGCAGGCGGCGGAGCAGGGAAAGGCGCGGGCGCAGUUCCGCCUCGGCGUCAUGUACGAGGUGGGCCGCGGCGGGCUGGCGACGGACAAGGUUCGGGCGUUGGAGCUCCUUACAAAGGCCCUGCAGGACGAGCGCGUCCGGCCGAACGCGCAGCGCGUGCUAUCUCGCCUCAGGUUGUCCUUCGAGGACAUCUCUUCUGAGCUGCCGGAAGCGCAGCGCGUGCGCCUUCGAUCGCAGCCGGGCUGGCAAUAUCGACCGUCGGACGAUGCCGCGAGCGAGGUCUCCGGCGCGCCGAGCGAGGUGGCGCUACUCGCUGACCUCGACGAGUUCGGACUUCAGGGCUCAGACGAUCCCAUGACGCGUCGUUUGGCCGGAUUCUGCGAUGCGCAGCUCCGGCUUUCGUGCGACCACGAGGAGCUGCGGAUGGCGUGCGACGAGGAGCGCCAGAGGCGCCAGCGCGCCGAGGCGCAGCUAGAGUUGCUCCACAAUGGGUUCCAGGAGCCCCUUGCUCUGCCGCCUCCGCCUCCCGCCGCGUACCUUGUGCCGAAGCCACGCUCAGAGCCUUAUUCUGGACCGGGCUUGCGGCCCCUCAGCCGCGCCAGAUUCCUCUACCAUGCGACGCGGUGGGAGACACUCGCCGCGAUGCGCAGCAUGUCGCCGAUCCCCAAGCUCGAGCCGCAGGCGCCAGGGCCACGCUCCGAGAAGUACGACGGCGUGCUCAGCGCGAUCUCCGCAGGCUCGAGCUCAUCUUCCGGAAGCUUCGAGGUCAUCUUCUUCCACACGCAGGACUGGUCGCACAACGGCACGCCCUACCCGGAGGCGUACGCCGAGUCCGAGUUCGGCGCCAAGGCCAAGUACGUGCCCGUGCUCGCCAUCACGCCCGACAACGCCUUGGGCGAGCGCUACGACUACGGCGUCUUCCUUCUGAGCGACAGGCACAUCACCAUCGGCCACACCGACAAGCGGCUCCUGAAGGUUGUGAUCGCGGCGCGGGGCGGUGGCCCUCUCUGCCUCGCGGGCAUCCUGGACAAGGAGGCGUCGGGCGAGCAGACGGGCCAGCGGCGCACCUUACACCUCGGUGACGUCGGCCCGGGCUACGCUGCGAGCAACAUCGCGGAGUACAAGGUCGACCGCGACGUCUUCUUCCAGCUCAGCUUCGUCCAAAACCAGUGGGAGCUCAAGGUGCCCGACAUGGCUGACGCGGCUGGCCAGUACUGCGCGCUCGACAUCGCGCUCGCGCUGCCUGUGGGGGUCCGCCGCGCCAGCCUCCCACUCAGCCUGUUUGACGGAGGAGGCGCGCUCCCGCCAGAUGUGCCGCCCGAUGGCAGCCCCCCACCAGGGCACACGAGGAAGCGCACCGGGAGCGGUGCAACUCGCGUGUGGAAGCACAGGCCGGCCCCGACGUCGGCGGGCGGCAUCCAGCUUCCCCCACCCGCCCACUCCGCUUGA